CUUGGGCGUCCCCCUCCCGAAGCCCCUGGAGGAGCGGCCCCGGGUGCCCCCCAGCAUGCCCCGUCCCGCGGCGGGGUGCUCGGCCGCGGGCCUUCGGGUGAGGCGGUGCGGCCCCGGGAGGCCCCAGCGACGAGCGGCCGCGUCCGUGCCGCGGUUGUGAGCAAGAUGCGCGGCGCGUGACCCCGGAACGCCACCCCUGAUGCCGGUCCCCCGCCCCCCGGGUGCCCUUUUCUCUGACACUUUGGCCCCAAGCAGAUGCAUCGCAGGAUGAAUGAAAUGAACCUGAGCCCAGUGGGGAUGGAGCAGCUGACGUCAUCCUCCGUGAGCAAUGCCUUGCCUGUCUCCGGGAGUCACCUGGGGCUGGCUGCUUCACCCACUCACAGUGCCAUCCCUGCCCCCGGCCUGCCAGUGGCAAUUCCAAAUCUGGGUCCCUCCCUGAGCUCUCUGCCUUCUGCUUUGUCGCUGAUGCUCCCGAUGGGCAUUGGGGAUCGAGGGGUGAUGUGUGGGCUGCCUGAAAGAAACUACACCCUACCUCCACCACCUUACCCCCACCUGGAGAGCAGUUACUUUAGAACCAUUCUACCUGGCAUUUUAUCUUACUUAGCUGACAGGCCACCUCCUCAGUACAUCCACCCCAACUCCAUAAACGUGGAUGGUAAUACAGCACUGUCUAUCGCCAAUAACCCUUCAGCACUAGAUCCCUACCAGUCCAGUGGAAAUGUUGGCUUAGAACCGGGCAUUGUUUCAAUAGACUCUCGCUCUGUGAACACACAUGGCGCCCAAGCUCUUCACGCGAGUGAUGGCCACGAGGUGGCUCUGGACACAACAAUCACGAUGGAGAAUGUCUCUAGGGUCGCCAGCCCAAUCUCUACAGAUGGAAUGACAGAAGAGCUUACGAUGGAGGGCGUGGCAGGCGAGCAUGCCCAAAUCCCAAAUGGCUCCAGAAGUCACGAACCUCUGUCUGUGGACUCUGUGAGCAGCAGCCUUGCAGCAGACACAGUGGGACACGGGGGUGUGAUACCCAUUCAUGGGAAUGGCCUGGAGCUCCCUGUGGUUAUGGAGACGGACCCCAUUGCAAGUCGCGUCAGCGGGAUGUCUGACAGUGCCCUCAGUGACUCCAUCCACACCGUGGCCAUGAGCACCAACUCUGUAAGCGUGGCACUCUCUACCUCACACAACCUCGCCUCCCUAGAGUCCGUUUCCCUCCAUGAAGUUGGCCUAAGCCUAGAACCUGUGGCUGUCUCCUCCAUCACCCAGGAGGUUGCUAUGGGGACAGGUCAUGUAGAUGUGUCUGCAGACAGUCUUUCCUUUGUACCACCUGCACUGCAAAUGGAAGACUCCAAUUCAAACAAGGAAAAUAUGGCAACCUUGUUUACAAUUUGGUGUACACUCUGUGACCGAGCCUAUCCCUCAGACUGCCCCGAUCAUGGACCAGUAACGUUUGUUCCUGACACUCCAGUAGAGAGCAGAGCGAGACUUUCUCUCCCAAAGCAGCUUGUUCUCCGCCAGUCAAUUGUGGGAGCAGAAGUUGGUGUAUGGACUGGAGAAACCAUUCCUGUGCGGACUUGCUUUGGGCCUCUCGUUGGCCAGCAGAGUCACUCCAUGGAGGUCGCAGAAUGGACGGAUAAGGCAGUUAACCAUAUCUGGAAGAUGUACCACAAUGGUGUCCUAGAGUUCUGCAUCAUUACAACUGACGAGAAUGAAUGCAAUUGGAUGAUGUUUGUGCGCAAAGCCAGGAACCGGGAAGAGCAGAACUUGGUGGCUUAUCCUCAUGAUGGGAAAAUCUAUUUUUGUACCUCACAAGAUAUCCCUCCCGAAAACGAACUGCUUUUUUAUUACAGCCGGGAUUAUGCUCAGCAGAUUGGUGUUCCCGAACACCCAGAUGUGCACCUCUGUAACUGUGGCAAGGAGUGCAGUUCCUAUACAGAAUUCAAAGCCCACCUGACCAGCCACAUCCACAACCACCUCCCCAGCCAGAGCCACAGCGGCAGCCACAGGCCGAGCCACAGCAAGGAAAGGAAGUGGAAGUGCUCAGUGUGCCCCCAGGCGUUCAUCUCUCCUUCCAAGCUUCACGUCCACUUUAUGGGACACAUGGGUAUGAAGCCCCACAAGUGUGAUUUCUGUAGCAAGGCCUUCAGUGAUCCUAGCAACCUGCGCACCCACCUGAAAAUACAUACGGGUCAGAAGAACUACAGGUGCACGUUGUGUGACAAGUCUUUCACCCAGAAGGCUCACCUGGAGUCCCACAUGUUCAUCCACACGGGCGAGAAGAACCUCAAGUGUGAUUACUGUGACAAGCUGUUCAUGCGGAGGCAGGACCUCAAGCAGCACGUGCUCAUCCACACACAAGAACGCCAGAUCAAGUGUCCCAAGUGUGACAAGCUGUUCCUGAGAACAAAUCACUUAAAGAAACAUCUCAAUUCACACGAAGGAAAGCGGGAUUAUGUCUGUGAGAAAUGCACUAAGGCUUAUCUCACCAAGUACCAUCUCACGCGGCACCUGAAAACCUGCAAGGGGCCCACCUGCGGCUCCUCUGCCCAGGAGGACGACGACGACUCGGAGGAGGAGGAGGAGCUGGCAGAGCCUCUGGGGACAGAGGACUGUCGGAUUAACAGCGCUGUGUAUUCCGACGAGUCUCUCUCUGCGCAUAAAUAAAAGUAAAAGCCGUGAACUAUUUUGGAUGGAAAAGACAGAAGGGGAAACACACAUAACCGCUUAGCCACAAUGGUUUUUAUUUUAUUUUAUUUAUUUUUUUUAAAGAUUUAUUUAUUUAUGCAUACAAGAGCUGGGGUACAGGCCAGAGGUGCCAGGGUGAGAGGAUUCACCAGAGACAGUGGGGAGCAGAACAGGCGGAUCCACUGAAAUUCACUGCUGAGGGGAGCAGCGGGCAGGUCAGGAGAGGUCUGCGGCGCCAUGUGCAUAGCUCCCUGGCUGGGGAUCGAACUCGUGCUGCAGAGGCUGCGGACAGCUUCAUAGGCUGCAUCUUAACCCCUUGCGCCACCAGGGAGGCCCUACAGUGGUUUUUAUAUCACAUAGUUUCUGGUUUUCUUCCCGCCAACAUUCAAAACAGACUGGGAAUGGAUAAGCACUUACUGGAGAGUGUGCUAGUGAAACACUUUAGAAACAGAUGGGGAAGAGAGAGCAUGUGUCCUAUUUUUAAGUGAUACUACGGGGAGGAAAGUCUCACAUUUUGAGGCCUGCUCUGUAUUUCCAUGACGAUUUGGGCCAUUGUGUGUAUGCUGGAGUCAGAGCUGCCCUCUGCCCGAACAAAUCAGGUUUAUUUUAAAUUCCUCCACUUCCCUCCCAGCCCUUCGGCUUGGUAGCUCUCUAAACUCGGUGCCUGCUCAUAGUUGUCCUGGUUGCUGUUUGUGAUUCUGGUGUUUUACUUUUUGCAGACUAGUGUGAUUUAUACCCAUCCCAGGACGGAUCGGAACACAGCAGUGUAAGCUCGUUACUUUGCAGCUAACACGUUUAAAGCAUCACCUGCCUUAAUCUCCCCAGGGUACUAGGGAGCUUAGGGUAGAUCUUCCUUCCCAAGAUUUCAGCAGGUGCCUAGGGGCAGAUAAAAAAGGAGCAGCCAGGCAAUAGUGAUGCAGAAGAGAAAAGGAGACAGGAUGCUCAAGAAACUAGCUUGGGUGGAAGCCAGGGUGAGUUACUGAGUUACCUGGUUACUGGUCCUUAGCGACCUCUGUAGGGUUAGACGCGUCUCUCCCGUAUCGCCUCCAGCCCUGGACAAAAGGUCCUGGAGGUGCAGCGCACCAGCCAGCGCCUGCAGGCUCCUCUCCUGGCAGAUGUGCGUAUGGGCUCAGCGGGCCGUGCGGUGCUUCCGCCUACGGAGAGGAGGGAAUGGCCCUAUCUGGCUUUCCUUUUGAAAGUAUCGAGACACCAUUAAAAUGCUGCCGACUCAAUGACAGGUGGCUCCAAACUCAACGGUGCACGUGCAGGGCUCAACAUCCGGGCUGUGCUUGAUGCAGAUGCAGGACUCCUGAGCAUGUGAGUGCUAAGGGUCAGAAGGUUCGGAAGCGUGAUGGUCACCACGUGGACGUGUGUGCAGUGUCCCAGCUUAGCUGACUCAUCCAUUCUUCGGUCUUUCGCCUGGUCUCACAUGCACAGCCUGCUUUCAGCGAGAGGGUAACAUCCUUGUGUCGGCGCCUGAUGGAACGUGCUCCCUCCUGCUCCCCCUCUGGGCUGGAGUAGAGGACUCUGCUGGGAAGGUUUUGCUGCUAAUGUAUUUAUGGAAUGAAUGUAUUUCAUUCAAAUCUGUAUUCCUCUAGGAAGGAUAAAAUAAAACUUUUUUUUAAAAUAUAGGAUUCUUCUUGCCAUUUCUUUUUGUGGAGAAUGGAGCUGAAUGAGUUUUUUGGGGAAAAUCAGGUACAACGUCAGCUUUUCUGAAGUUGGAGGUGAAGUGUUUCCUGAGCUCCGUGCUUUGAGGUCGUAGUCUGAUGCUGUUUGCGUGGCAGCGCUGCCUGUUUGCAGGUGGCGUCUCCUGCCCUCUUCCUGCGGUCGUGCCUUUACUCUGCUGCCUCUCCGGGGACUGUGGCAGUCUGCCGUGGAAGGGGGAGGCGCUGACACAGGGCCAUGGAGCUCCUUCAGGGUUGCUACGAGCUCAGCCUCUUGCUAAAGGCCUGCUGGUUGCAGCCACCCCUGUUCUCAGGAAACUGCUGCUGCUGGAGCUGGAGCUGCCUUUGUGCUUUCAGCUCAGCUCAUGCUGAGUCAAAUUUCUUCAUUUCCUAACUCUGGUUGACAGGCUGUCCAAGGUAGGGAGGACUGACGUCCACAGAAACCCAGGCCAAAGCCACAGGGGACGCCUGGAGCACACUUUAAGUGAGGAUGUAGCUCUUACUGCUUAUUUACAACUGUCUUUCAUUUUUUACCUCUUAGAUGUCAAUGGAACAUUUGAAGUCAUUCUCACCAACUGCAUGAGUUAGCAGCUGCCUGUGACCGAGCCUGCUGGGUGGUUGCAGGUGGCCUCGUCUGCUGCUGUGUUGUGCUGGGCCAAGGCUCAGGUCAGGACGCGGGUGUUAGGAGUGUAGACUCUGGAGCUGGGCCGAGUGGUUGCUAAUCUGAGCUUUGCUGCGUGAUGGUUUGUAACCUUAGCCGUUACGUGACCGCUAUGCCUGUUUACGUAACGGCGAUUGGAGAGGAAUAGGCGCUCCCGCUUCAUAGUCCUGUGUGGGGUCGCGUCGGCUCACACGGUGGACGGCCACGGUGCUGUGUACAGCAAGCCUCACAGCUGAUGUCUUCAGUUGCAGGUCAGCCCACCGCUGGUUUCUGUCCUAAAGAAAUGUCUGUAGAUAACCCAAGAAGCCCUGGCUUUUAGACAAAACUGGCAUGAUACAAGUUUUCUAGGCCAAAGCCCAGAAACUAUGGCUAGUUUGGUGGUGGUCUGGCAGCCCGGCGUGUCAGCUUGGUGGCUCCUUCCCCACGGGGCUAGGGGCUGGUAACCUUGCUGAGCUGGGCUGUGCCUGCCCCAGCACGUCAGAGGGCAGAGCCCAUCGGGACUAGGCUCCUCCCCUCUCCUCAGCAGCCGGCCCAGCUCUCCAUCCCUGCAGACACUCCAGCUGUGACUCGAGGAGCAGAACCUGCCACGUGAUCACCAGGCUGCAUCUUGGAGACCAGCACUCGGAAGCAAGGUAUCUUGGGGUGUUAAGGGCUGAAUUGUGAACACCUUGGGGUGUUAAGGGCGUGCACCUCUCCCCCGCCAGGUUGAAGUCCUGACGCCCCAGGAUUUCAGAAUGUGACAGUUUGGAGGCGAGGGUCUCUAAAGAAGUGAUUACAAAUCAGUCCCGGGGGAGGCGCAGCCUUCCUGAGGACAGUGGGCCUGGUGUGUUCAGGAGACGAGGCCAUUCGGACAUUCGGGUCUGUGUGGUUCUGCGGUGGCUCCUUCCCUUCGCUACCCCGGCUUUUAUGCAGCUACGUACUUGCUGGGGCCCGGGCUGGGGAGGGCUUUGGGGUCACACAAACAUCAAGGUCAGUUUAUAUCCAGAAUGCACUUAGAGACAAGGUACUGACUUUGGGAAGGUUCACUUCCGUGAUCACCGGUCAACAGACAGCUUCCAGCCGUCGGGGCGGACGCCGCCUGUAACGCCAGCAGCGCGCUGCAGUUGAACCUUUAUAGAGGACAUUAUAAACGUAGGUUUUACCCCCAUUUUGUAGACGCGAGAAUAUUUUCUACAUUGCAUGUUCAGUGAUUGGCUGCCUAGAAGCAGCUUCAAAUGGGCAUGUUCCUCCGUGGGGCUCCUCCGGGCUGCAGGUGCUGCCGCCGGGCAGCCAGUAGGUGCGCUGGGUGUGGAGUGAGGUCAGAAGCAGAGGACACCUCUGCGGGCCGUUGCUCUUCAUUGUUCGGAGAUGACGCACUCCACUCGGCUACGACAAAUGAUUCGCAAGUGUGGGAGAAGACUGUUCUCUUAGGGGCUUUUCCAGGUGCCUCAGGGGAGCUGUAGUGAGAGCAAGCGAACGCUGUUUUUACACCUGAGGUUUCCCAAAUGCGAAGUGUUCCGUGCACGAGAAGAGCAGGGUUGUCCGCGCAUCCAGCAAAUUCCUGUUCUCUUUGGGAGAGGAACAUGCCGGACUUUAAAAGGGCCAGGGAAAGGAAACCUACAUACGAGGAAAACUAGGCUCGUGGCCGGGAGUCUGAUUUCAGGCCCAGCAGCGCACACAAGCCAAGUGUCAGCUGUGAGAUCGUCUCCUUGCAGGUGCGGCGGGGAUGGCACAUCGGUGUGGCAACAGUGACGACGCGCGAACUUCAGUGUCCUCCAGAAAGGAAGUAUGGUGGUGCUCCUAUCAGUUAUUCAGUGCUCCUAUCAGUAAGAACACGGCUCGUAGAAACAUCUCCGGGGCAUCCUGGUAAGUGAAAAAGCAUGUCGUCUGCUGACGCUGCUGUCCUCUUACAGACUAGCACCGCCCUACGGGAAGAGGAUGGACUCUCAAUCCUUUCUAGUGCUGUAGCGUCUGGCGAGCUAAAAACCUUUCUGGACUUUUGAACUAAGCUCUCCAACAAAACCAAAGCGCCUCUAACCAGAUGCACUGGUGUGAGGCUGCCUCAGAGCUGAGUUGUGUGGGGAGAGCCAUCUGUCGCGCAGGCCCAGCUCUUACAGGUGUGUGUGGGCUUGGAGCAGGUGGCUGUCGUGGACGAAGACUUUCUCACGGGGCAGGUAACUUCCUGACCACGGAAGCCUGUGCUUCCUCUGCAGCCCUUCUGUGGCUCAGGUCUCAUUCUGCUAUCAGCCUAGACUCCCUUUUCCCAGCCUUUUAAAGAGUCUGAGUUAUCUAUACUGCUUAGUAAAUUCUUGUGCUUGUAACAGCUUGAGGGGAUUUGUUGU